UUGGUGUGGAAGAGGAUUGGCAUCCAUGGCCUUGUCCUGGUAUUUGUGCCUGGUUUUGGCACUGCUCUCUGGACCCUCCUGGCAGAAGGGGCACUCUGCCAUGGCACUGGUCCUAGCCCCCGAGAACGAAGUGCCACUUCGUCCCACAUCCUGGCUACCCGCAGGGAAGCUUACUACCAUCCACCUGCCCAAAGGACGCACCCGCAGACUUUACUUCACACUGAAGAAGAAGGCAGCCAUGAUGUCACUGACCGUCAGCCCAUGUGACCUGCCCGUGGAGUGGACCCUGGUAGGCCGCAGCCUGAAGGAUAAAGCCCCGAAGAGUCUGCACUGGAGCUCAAAGAAAAGUGUCCCUGAGGUUUGGUGGCAGGCUCCGGGGAUAGAGACCAAGAUCCACACCUACACCGGCAAUGCCAUGGACACCUACUCUGGUCCUUCCUAUGCGCAGGCCUCCAUUUACAUCCUCAGGCUGCGGUCCAAGGACCAGGACACCAGUUCUGCCGUGUACCUCCACGAGGGACCCGGUCCUUCAGGGGCUUUCCCGGAGCUUCCCCCCGACCCGCGUGUCCACACCCUGGGUGUAGGAAUGACCAGCGUCACCUUGAGCUGGAGCCCCAGCAGCACCCAGGCCAGGCUGCCACACAGCCAGCCCAGCUACGAGUACUGCGUCCUGGUCAACCGCCAGCACAACUACCGCAGUCUCUGCGCUGCUCGCGAGGGCAUCCGGAGAGAGAAGGAGCGAGAGAAGACGAGAGAGAGAAAGGAGAAGAAGAAGAAAGUGACCGUGUGGCCCAUUCUGAAAGACUGGUGGUGGCAGCAGUGGGACGCCAACCCUGAUCCUAAGUCCCCUGCUGCCGUGUCCGAUGACAAGUACAGCGACCUGCCGUGUGUGUGCGAGGGCCUGGACAGUGUGUGUACCGUCUCCGACCUGUUCCCGGACACCCAGUACUUCUUCGACGUGUUCGUGAGGGACCUGCUGAACGGCACCAGCACUGCCUACACAGGGAUGGUUGCUAGGACACAUGAGGAGGCGCGGUCGGCGAUCUCGCCCCUGAGGGAGGGAGAGCUGAGGUGGGUGACCUUCAGAGAUGGAGGAUCCUCAGAGGAGUUCUUCAGCUUCCGCCCUCGUGGCUGGCAGCAGAGCGGCCUGCUGACCCUCCAGAGCUGCAGGGGGAGCCAGAGGGUCAAGGUGACCGUGUCUGGGAAGGGCCAGGUCCUGAGCUCCCAGGCUGUGGGUGAAGACCUGGUUCAGUUGUGGCUCCAGGGCAGCCCCUCCUAUCUCAUCACCUGGAAAGAGAGGACAACCGGCCCGGUCUACCAGCCAGCCUCCGACCCCGCCGGAGCUCUCCGGGCCUCUGUGAAGAUGCAGACGUCCUCUGCGUACCACCGUAAAGGCGUCCCCUCCCUGCCCUCCACCCUGCAGAUCAAGUCCUUCAACAGGCUGCGGAGCUGCGACGCCGUCACCCUGGCUUGGAUGGGGACGGAGGAGCGCAGUCUGUACUGCGUGUACCGCCGCAGGCUGGGGGAAGAGGAGGCGGGAGGCAGGGGGGGGAAGGGGGCCGCAACAGGCGUCUGCGUGGGGCCAGAGUCUCGGUCGGACACUGAAAGGGUCCUGUGUAAAUACUUCCAGGAGCUGAACCCUCGGAGGGCCGUUACCACGGCUGUGAUCGGGGGCCUGGAGGCUGGGGCAGCCUACGUGUUUGAUGUGUAUCUCAUGAGACGCUGGGGCAUCCCUGUCAAGUACGCCAGCAAGACCAUCCGGACCAGGAGGGAAUGCUGAGCUGCUGCCCCCUUUUGGAUCUCUCUGAUCCCAGUGGAAGAGGAUGAGACGCGCUUGGCAGCGCCAGCCAUGAACCUGAGCCAGGUGAUUUAAUAAGACUGAAACCAUAACAAAGCCAUUCUACGAUGAGGAAGACUGUUAAGACGUGGUACGCCCUCCGGACCAGAGAUAGAUGGAUGUAUACGGACACUAAGUACCCUUGUGAAAGGGGUGCGUAGACG